CGGUUGUUUCAAGAUGGCGGAUGUGGCCGCGGGGCCAAGGCCGGAAGGAGCCGCUUACUGGAGUCGGGACUAGAGGAAUUUUAGCGCCAGACACCUGCCGAGAAGUCAGAAAGGAGAAGCCAAGGCCAAGAAACCCGUAGCAGCUGCCUCUGUUCCGAUGGAUGCCUUGAAACACACCGGAGAAGCCACCGGACAGCAGGUCUCCGACAAAGGGGGAAUGAAGAGUGCUUCUCUAAAGGAUUUAUGUCCCGAAGACAAGAGGCGCAUCGCAAACUUAAUUAAGGAGCUCGCAAGGGUGAGCGAAGAGAAGGAGGUGACGGAGGAGCGGCUGAAAGCCGAGCAGGAGUCCUUUGAGAAGAAGAUCAGACAAUUGGAGGAGCAGAACGAACUCAUCGUUAGAGAAAGGGAAGAUAUCCUUUUUGUUUUUCUGUUCUAA